AUGUCUAUCGAGAUUAUCACGACCGCAUCUGGCGGAAAGACCGCGACGGAUAGAGCGCCGCCCGUCCGCGCAAAGGAAACAUGCCCGGUACCAUGGAUGGAAUGUACCUUUGACUUCGGUGCCCUCGGUUGGACGCCAAAGGAUGUUUCCCCUGCACUCCUGCUGUUCUGUGCGGCCGUAUCUCACAGAGACCUCCGAUACUACACUGGGUGUGGUAUCAUUGGGAUUGAUGCAAACGCCCAGCUUACUCCCAUCCGCAAACCGGACAACCUGGUGGACUGCCUCGUACCCAUCGAACCCGACUUCGAUCUUGAGUCAUCAAUAUCUCAGAAUUUACAGACUUUGGAGCAUGAUCUGCAUGAAGAGGCCCAGCGGCAUUAUGAACUCCAGAAUAUCAUGAGCGGAGCCACUAUUCGUCACAUCAUUAUACUCGAGGAGAACAACAACGCAGGUGGAAAUCCCUGA